GGAAAAAUAGGAAAACCAUGCUCUGUCUCUGCCUCCGGUGUCUGUUCGAUCCGGCGUUGUGAUUGGGGGGAGUAGGGAGUGCUUACACCAUUUCCUCUCCAUUCACAUCAGCUCUCGACGCCUGCGCCCCCAAUUCCCAAAUUCUGCGCCGCCUCCGCCCCAACCCUGCUCGUCGACUCCUCUCUGCCGAACACGCCGGAGGAAUCCUUCUCCGAGACUCGUCUUCCUCCUCUCUGCCGGGCUGGCGUGGAGUGGAGAUCCAUCACCACGUAGAUUGGUCUCUUCUUCUGCUGGUUAGGCACUGAAUCUGCCCUUCAAUGCCUUCACAGGCUCUAUCCCUGAAGAAGUUGCAGUUUAAGAAGCUAUUGCCACGUUUUUGUUGAAGGAACAAUUUUUUGGGUCAUCCAGAUUGGACACGGAACAUGAUGUUGCAUUUUGCUUCAAAGUGAAAGCUCUGUCCUUUUGGGACAAGAGAAUAAAGGCAAAAGGAACAUAAGGAUAGAGGAGAGAAAUAAACAAUGGGAAAGGGAGAUGUGGCUACUAGGUCCAAAUCUCAAAAAUCGUCAGCAAUACAGAAUGAGCAGAGUACACCUACUAACCCCCCCACAGCAUAUCCUGAUUGGUCUCAGUUCCAGGCAUACUAUAAUGCUCCUGGGACAGCUCCCGUGACCCCACCGGCUUUUUUUCAUUCAUCUGUAGCUCCAAGCCCUCAGGGACACCCAUAUAUGUGGGGUCCACAGAUGAUGCCUCCUUAUGGGACACCACCACCAUAUGCAGCAAUGUAUGCACAAGGCACACCAUAUCAGCAGGCACCGAUGCCACCGGGUUCACACCCAUACAGCCCUUAUCCUAUGCAGUCACCAAAUGGGACAGUUCAAACUCCAACAUCUGGUGCUGGCGGUACAGAGACAAAUAAAUCGAAUAAAAAUAAGCGGAAGACUCCCCUGAAAAGAUCAAAAGGAAGCUUAGGUAGUCUGGAUGUUGUUGCAGUAAAAAACAACAAGUCACCGGCAAAGCCUCAAGCUUCUUCCUCCAAUGAAGGUUCUUCACAAAGUGAGAGUGGAAGCGGGAGUUCUUCUGAAGGAAGCAGUACAAAUUCAAAAAGUAGUUCAAGGGCGAAGGAUGGUUCUGAGCAAGGUCAGGGUAAUGAUGCUAGGAGUAAAGGUACUCAAAGCUCUGCAGUUGAGCCCACACAACCAUCUUCUGGGCCUGUUGUGCUUAACCCUAUGAUGCCAUUUUGGCCUGUUCCCCCUCCUAUGGCUGGCCCAGCAACUACUCUGAAUAUGGGAGUGGAUUACUGGGGUACUCCUGCUUCUGUACCCAUGCAUGGUAAAGUUAUUGCAGCACCGACAUCAGCUCCUUCAUCAAAUUCACGUGAUAUUGUUCUCAGUGAUCCGGCUAUACAGGAUGAGAGAGAAAUGAAGAGACAAAAACGGAAGCAAUCAAAUAGGGAAUCAGCUCGGCGCUCAAGAUUGCGCAAGCAGGCUGAAUGGGAGGAAGUAGCCAAUCGUGCAGAUUUGCUAAAGCAGGAAAAUAGUUCGCUUAAAGAAGAAUUGAAACAACUUCAGGAGAAGUGUGAUAGCUUGACCUCAGAAAAUACAUCUCUACACGAGAAGCUUAAAGUGCUUGAGGAUGAGAAAUCAAAUGGAAAUUGGUGCAAGGAUUAAAGGCUGAAACUUCUCUCUUUCUGACUGCUGAUAUAAUUUGGUGGUAACCUGAUAGGACGACAACUAAGGAGGUAUUCAUGUACGGUAUUAGAUUUUUGUUCGAGGGGUAAAAUUGUAUCAUAGGAAUUGACAUGGUUGAUGGCUACGAUUCUUCUUCCAGUUGCCUCGGCUGCUGUGCUCUGUGUUGUUUUUCUUCCUCUUUGUGCUAGAUCCUACAGAAGUACAACUAUGUAGAAACCCCCCAGGUGUUGUUUGAAGCGUGGGGAUUAGCGAAUGGUAUAGCUGUUGUAGAGCUGCUCAUUGAGCUUCUUGAGAGAAACUGAAGCGUGUUAAAGCCAUAUUUGAUUUAUGAUUCAGACGGACUAAUUUUACGGAUAGUACUGUAGUAAUGAAUACACGGAUUUCACUCAAUCACAUUGACUGUUUGCA